AUGGGCCAGCCCCAGGAGCAGCCCCCAGCAGCCCCCAGCAGCCCCACUGUUGCGCGUAGCAGAGAGUUCGACCUUGUCGUCUCGAUAUUAGCUUCGAGGGCUGUGACAGGGGGAGCAGCGCAAAAUGUGCGACGGAUGUCGGGUGGAGGCCAAUCACCAGCGGGCAUCCGAUUCGAGGUCGCGGCUCACAGCAUGGCUUGCUACGGGGGCCCGUUGCAGGAUCUGCCCAGGCCGCUGCGCGCGGUGGAGCUUCUCGAAGGCGCACUGGCUGCUGCGCUGGACUUUCGCCGCCGUGGUUGGAGGGGGAGCGAGAGGAGAGGGGAGGAGACUCAGGAAACUCAGGAGACUCAGGAGACUCAGGAGAGGGGAGGAGAGGAGAGGGGAGCGCAGGAGGGGGAGGCAGCCGCAGGACCCUGGGCUUCUGCUCGGCAGACAGCUCCCCUAGCUCUCCUUUUGCGUCAGCCGGAGGCGUCUGGUCUGCCGUGGCGCUACGACCGACUUACGCCCCCAACCUUCAGUCCAACGUUAGGCAACGUCGACUGCCGUGUUAAAUCCCCAAUGGAGACAAUACGAGCCUAUCACCAACUGUUGCUUUUGCUCGCGGUCCUGCGUCUGUACCACUCCGUCUGCACUUCACCACAGGAGCAGUCGGCCAUGCGCGGCGGGCCGGACAUUAACUGCGUGAUCUUGGACAGCGCGCAUUAA